AUGGCGAAUAAGUUUGGAUUAGGUUCUUUAUCUUUAGAAACUAAAAAACCUAACACUACAGCGUGGAUAUAUAAAGCGAAACCUUACUUCGUGGAUCAAGUCGGGGACACUCUUCAAGGUGAUUUAGAUAUGAACAAUUUUAGCAUAACUAAUUUAAAGUCUCCGGAAAACGAUAACGAUGCCAUUCACAAGAAAUAUUUACGGGAACAAAUAAAUUCAAUUGAAGUAAAAGUUGAUUCAUUAUUCUUCACACAAGUCUUCUUAACACAAAGCUUAUAUAUACCUAAUAAAAAAUUUAACGCUAAAAAAUUUCUUCUGUUUAUCAAUGGUACAAAAAAUGUAGAAACUAAAGAAUAUGAAAGUAACGACGAAAACAACAAGGUUAAUCACUUGUAUGAAAUUAAAACGAGUGGAAAAUAUAUAGAUAGGUUUAGAAUGUUAAUCGUACAAGAUAAAGAAGAAGAUGAAUUUAUAUUGAGUGAUUUUGAUAUGAUAUUGGAGGCGGAAACUCCACCAUCAAUGAAUAUUAUUAGAAAUCCACAACCAGAAAAAAAAGAUAUAAGCUUUUAUGAGUUUUUACGAGCAACAGACUUUGAAUACGUAAAACUAUAUUUUGUUGAUAAUGGUAAAUUUACCUCAAUUGAUAUUCAUAAAAGUCAACAAAAACAAAAUUUCUUAAUAAGAGAUGAUGCAUAUGUUAAUAUAAUAAUCUAUAUUGAAAAACCAAAAUUUUCAGUUCAUCUGAAUAAGAUUGAUGAUUCGAAAGAACAAAUAUCGUUAGUAUCUGUAAAAGUUUUUAUUAAUAAACACCUAGCAGCUUUAUCAGAAGUUCACUUAAUUUAA